AUGUCUACAAAUUCAUCAGAUCAAUCCCAACCAGUAGCUCCAGUUUCAGAAACAAUAGAACUCGACAAUCUAUCGACUAACGAAGCCGUUGUAGAGAAAGCGAAAAAGAAUGAUAUCAAAUGGAAACACCAGAAGAAUCUACCCCAACUAAAGAAAUUUGGCGGUAUAGAAGGCAUAAUAAAGGGACUCCAAUCUGAUGCUACCGCAGGGUUAAGUGUCGAUGAGACAGCGUCGCUUGAACCAGUUAGAUUAGAAGAGCUAGAAGACGAUCAGAAAGAAAAGCUUGUAGAUGCUGUAGUUAAACCAGCAAACCAACCAAUAAGUAACCUACCACCAGCAGAUGGGACUCCAUUUUCACAAAGGAAGGCUGUUUUUGGUACAAAUAUUUUACCGCCGAGAAAGCCAAAGAGCAUUUUUCUGCUAAUAUGGAUAGCAAUGAAGGAAAAGAUACUGGUCCUCUUAACAGUCGCUGCAAUAGUAUCUCUAGUACUCGGUCUAUACGAAGAUUUUGGUACACAUAAAGAGGGACCCAAAGUCAGUUGGGUGGAAGGCGUCGCGAUUAUUGUUGCUAUUCUGAUCGUAGUGUUGGUCGGCAGCAUCAAUGAUUGGCAGAAAGAGCUCCAAUUUCAGAAACUUAAUGCUAAAAAAGAAGACAGAGAAGUUAAAAUUAUACGUAAUAGCAAAGAAGAGUUAAUCUCGGUGCAUGAUCUGCUUGUUGGUGAUAUAAUGUUACUGGAACCAGGCGACGUCGUUGCAGCAGACGGUAUACUAAUUUCUGGACACAACCUCAAGUGCGAUGAAUCUGCUGCCACCGGUGAGAGCGAUGCUCUUAGAAAGGCAGCCUAUGAAGAUUGUAUUCGGGAACUGAUUAGCAAGCAAAAGAAACGAGACGGGACAUUGCUAGAGGAACGAACUUUGCCCCGUUUAAAGAGUGAUCCAUUUUUAGUUAGUGGGAGUAGGGUACUCGAAGGAAUAGGAAGGUUUAUUGUUACUGGUGUUGGAACCAACUCGUUCUAUGGUAAAACGUUGAUGUCAUUAAGCGGUGAUAUACAAGACACCCCGCUUCAAGUGAAAUUGAAUGGUCUCGCCGAAGCAAUUGCUAAGAUCGGAGGCAUAGCAGCUCUGUUGAUGUUGAUUGUAUUGCUAAUUAAGUAUUUUGUUGGCUUCAAAUCCGGGGUACCCCCAGUAACUAUAGCAGUAGAGAAUCUUGUCAAUAUUGUCAUUUCGGUUGUAACUAUUAUAGUUGUAGCUAUUCCGGAAGGUUUACCACUUGCAGUAACAUUAGCGCUGGCAUUUGCUACGACUCGCAUGCUUAAAGAUCAAAACUUGGUGCGCGUUCUAGCUUCGUGUGAGACUAUGGGCAAUGCAACUACGGUCUGUUCAGACAAGACGGGCACUUUAACGCAGAAUAAAAUGACGGUCGUUACUGGAAUAAUUGGGUCAGGUUUGGCAUUUGUCAAGGACGUCGAAGCUCAUACGAGAAAUAGUAAAAAUACAUCCAAGAGCUCGGAAAUGCCCGAUAUCCUCGUUGACCCCUUAUCAUUCGUUGAAUUAAAGGAGAAGCUUCCAUCGAAUAUCAAACGUUUACUGGAUGAGUCUAUAGCCAUAAAUACUACAGCAUUCGAAGGGAGUCCCGAUAGCAACGGGAAAGUUAGCUUUAUUGGUUCAAAAACGGAAACAGCACUAUUAAACUGGAUGUUGGAUUUAGAAUUAAACAAUUAUAAGGACUUGAGAACAAAUGCCAACAUUGUACAAAUAUUCCCUUUCAGUUCUGAUCGCAAGGCGAUGGGUGUAGUAGUAAGAAUAGAUUCUACGAAAUGGCGAUUCUACGUCAAGGGCGCGAGCGAAAUCCUGCUCAAGAAAGCACAGACCAUACUCGACACUUCAACAUUAUCUGAUCAACUCCAGAUAGUCACGCUAACACCUCAACAAAUAACUAGUCUACAAAACAUCAUUCGUACGUACGCAUUACAAAGUUUACGAACUAUUGGGUUAGGUUAUCGAGACUUUAAUACUUGGCCGCCGAAAGGAUUUUUUAUUGACGAUGACGGCGAGGUUUCGUUUGAAGAGCUCAUCGAAAACAUUACGCUAAUUAGUAUUGUCGGUAUUGAGGAUCCACUACGCGAUGGGGUACGGAAUGCUGUAGCUGCAUGUAUGAAAGCUGGCGUGACUGUACGAAUGGUUACAGGUGAUAAUGUUCUCACAGCAAAAUCAAUCGCCACUCAAUGUGGAAUAUACACAAAUGGCAUAAUAAUGGAGGGUUCAGUGUUUAGGAACCUUUCGAAUCAAGAAAUGGAUGACCAAGUUCCCAAGCUCCAAGUACUUGCUCGAUCUAGUCCCGAGGACAAGAGAAUUCUCGUGGCUAAACUGAAAGAGUUGGGAGAGAUAGUUGCAGUCACCGGUGAUGGAACGAACGAUGGGCCUGCUCUCAAGACAGCUGACGUUGGGUUUUCGAUGGGAAUUUCCGGUACGGAAGUGGCCAAGGAAGCUUCUUCAAUUAUUCUUAUGGAUGAUGACUUUUCAAGCAUUGUAAAAGCAAUUAUGUGGGGUCGUAGCGUUAACGAUGCUGUGAAAAAGUUUCUACAAUUCCAACUUACAGUUAACGUUGCGGCAGUAUUUCUUACUUUCAUAUCUGCUGUUUCGAGUGGGGAAGAAACGGCUGUAUUGUCAGCUGUCCAGCUGUUGUGGGUUAAUCUUAUUAUGGAUACAUUUGCCGCUCUGGCCUUAGCGACAGACCCACCGACACCCGACUUGUUGGACAGGAAACCUGAACCAAGAGAUGCACCUCUAAUAACUAUUGAGAUGUGGAAAAUGCUUCUCGGUCAGGGUGCACUUCAAUUGGUCAUUUCGUUGACUUUGUAUUAUGCUGGCGAGAGCAUCCUGAACUAUAAAACAGACUUGGAGAAGCGUCAAUUGAAGACAUUAAUAUUUAAUACAUUUGUCUUCUUCCAGAUAUUUAAUGAAAUCAACUGCAGACGUCUUGAUGGAGGUCUCAACGUUUUUAAAGGUAUAUUCAAGAACCGAUUCUUUAUCGGUAUUUUUGUUAUAAUGGUUGUCGGCCAAUUCCUUAUUGUAGAGUUUGGUUUCGAGGCAUUCCAAGUGACACGCCUUAAUGUUGUACAAUGGGCUAUUUCCGUUGUUCUUGGUGCUCUUUCUUUGCCAUUCGGUCUGAUCAUUCGACUCAUACCGAAUGAAUUAAUUACUCGCUUCGUCCCGUAUCCUACUACUGCGACUCCUCUACCACUUGCCGAGACACCUAGCUCAUAUACACCUGGUGGUGAUAAAGUGGUUUGGAAUGAUGCAAUCACUAGUGUUAGAAGCCAGUUGAUUGUGUUUAAAUCAUUAAGAGGAGGGCGAGUGAAGGCGUCUUCUUUAUAUCAUGGGCGUCUGCAUAGUGAUGGCAAAUCUGCGUUCGCUGCGGCGGCAGUAGUGCCUAGUUUAGUGGCUACGUCU